AUGGAAAGGUGGAAGACAAAUUUUGAAAGGCCUCCUUUAGUGUCAACAACUGAAGCUUUAUUUGAGUUUGUUAAAUUUUUUAGGAGUUGCAGCAACUUGCUUCAGAGGUUGAUGAAGCACAAACAUGGAUGGGUGUUUAAUGAGCCAGUGAAUGCCAAGGCACUAGGAUUGCAUGAUUACCAUGAUAUCAUUAAGCAUCCUAUGGAUUUGGGUACAAUUAAGAAUAGACUGUCGCAAAAUUGGUACAAGUCUCCGAGGGAAUUUGCAGAGGAUGUGAGAUUUGUGUUUCGCAAUGCAAUGACAUACAAUCCAAGAGGGCAGGAUGUCCACGUUAUGGCUGAACAAUUAUCGGAGAUUUUUGAAGAGCGUUGGGCAGUUAUAGAGGCGGAGUAUAAUCAUUAUUGGAAGUACCGAAAGACUGUUCUUAUCAUGGAACUGAUUAACAAUGUUGCAAAAGCUCAUGGUGGUUUUUCCGUCUUUGCCUGUGUAGGAGAACGAACUCGAGAGGGUAAUGAUUUGUACAGAGAAAUGAUUGAGAGCGGUGUCAUUAAGCUAGGUGAUAAGCAGGAAUGGCGGUUACGGCAAAGGGCACAAGAUUUUCCUAAAUAA